AUGGGUGUUGACUCGAACAAGCCACCUCCACUUCCUGCCCCGACCGAGACCGAUUCCGUCACCCCCACCGAGCUGGCGACCGAUGUCUCCAGACCUGCUGACGAAGCUUCUCACUACUCCCUCCCUGACGACGGCACUCCCGUUACCAUCAAAACCAGAGGCCACAGGGCCAGCCGCUCACAAACCUCGCUCCUCAUCGAGUAUUUUGAAGGUGGCAAGCCUGGCCCCUCCGGCACCAUCGACCGCAAGCCCAGCGUUCGCGUCCGUUUGACCCCGUCCAAGAAGAACCGCCACGACCACAUUCAGAUCACAGAGACAAACGGCAACACCCGCAAGACUUCGCUGACCCGCCGUGUGCCUCUGCCGCCCCCGACAGGCUCGUCGCAUCUCGAGGUUGAAGACUUGGAGGGCGAGGACGCCGAAAGCAUGCGGUCUUACGCCUCCGCCACGGAGGAGUCCAAUGUUUCGAGGAACCCAAUAGACAUUGAAAUCGACCGCAGCGGCCGGCGUCGUCGACCAGCGAGCCCGUUGAUCCCCGACGGCGAUGCUCAAUCUUCGUACCUGCCUCCCAACAUGUCCGACAUAUCAGCCAUCCCCCAGGACAGCUUCCUUGACGGCUCCGGCUCCACCGUUCUGACGAGAAACUCUGAGAGACGCAGCAAGAGCUCGACUCAAGGUAACGAGCUAGCCGCUGGUGUCGUCGGCGCAAUGGCCGGUGCUGCGAUAGCUGAUCAGGCAAAGAGCAGUAGAAGCAAGAGGCACAGUGGCGAAAGGAAAGCGUCCGGUGAAAGAUCCUCGAGAGACAAAGACCGCAAGCACCGUUCGAGCAAAAGUCGAACAAGUAGUGUCAGCGAGAAGCAGUCCGAAGGAACGCGAUCACCCCGCCGACGGUCGAGUCGGAGUCAUGUGGACUCGGUUGUGUCUGGGGCAGAUUCCAGUCUUUUAUCAUCCAGCAUUUCUCCCAGUCACCGCUCCUACGAUCAGAGCUCCGUCCGCUCAGGGGCUUCCAAAUCGUCCAUCAACAACCCGAAACUACUAGAGACUGUGGAAGAUGCAAUUCGCCGGCUUAUUCUGCCGGAACUAAGCGCCCUAAAGAGGGAGCAGAGCAAGCGCGAAAGCCGCCGAAGCUCCCUUACAUCCACCGGCACAGGGACAUCUCUUUCUCGUGAGGAUCUGGGAGUUGAUCGACGCAGAUCUGCCGACAAACGCGGUGAGUCCGGCCGCGACAGCCGACACCGAGAGCGCAGGGACCGGGAGGCCCGCCAUGAUUAUGUCGACUCUCCCCGAAGCAUUGCCGGCGAAUCGGUCGAGGAAUCAUCCAUCAUUUCUGUUGACGACACACCGCGGCGGAGUGAUGGUGCUCUCAAAGCCGCCGUUGGUGGUGCAGCGGCCGCUGGUCUCGCCGCCGCCGCCUUGAAUGCAGCAUCGCCAUCCUCAGAGGAGCCAAGGCAGCGUAGGCGCCGGCGCGCCGACAAUUCAGCCAGGAGCAGGAGCGUCGGCCGUGAGAAGUACGACGAGGAAUUUCACGAAGAACAGCCACCUGCGCCUCCGAUGCCGUUGAUGAGCGAAAUUAACCCCUCCGAAAUGACGAGAACCUCGAUUCUUUCGGCCGAGACCGAUCGACCCCAUUCUGCUAUGGAGGAGAGAGCCUCAGUUCAGGAGGUUACCCGGGGCAACGCCUCCAUGGGCUCAUCACCAACACCAACCCAAACGCCCGCGUUGGAUAUGCCACUGACGCUCGGCACAAAGCACGCCAACAUUUCUCAUGGUGACCUGCGGGAACUUUCUCGCUCGAGGACUGGAGAUUUCGUAGAUCAGCGCGAAGCGGAUGAAUUCAGCCAAAGCCCCUCUCAGCAAAUUCGUGAUGAGUACGACGACGACGACUACGACGAGCAAAGUCGCAUUACGGAGAGCGAAGGCGACUAUGCCGACUCCCACAACGAAUUCGACUACUACAACACUCAAGAUGUCCCCCCACCGCUAAAGUAUGUUCCAUACCAACCCGAACGGCGCGGCCUGAGUCCCAUCUACAGUGUUUCUGGAUACACAGAGGCAGGAAGCGAGACAGCCGCGCAGCGCGACUCCAGACUUUCUCACGGAACCGCUUCGCCCACGAAGUCGCAGGCGUCUCACACUGAUCUGAGAGCCCUCUCGCCCGCUUCGGUGCCAAGCAACGUCGUUAGCCGCGGUUUCGACGAACAAUCCAUUGAUGACCGCAGCAUCAAGAGCGGCCAAGACUACCGAAACAGCCAGUACACAGAGGGCAGCGAGAUUGGUGCUUCUACUGGUCAGGCUGUCAGGGGCAUCGCUGCCAGCCCCAACAUCAUACAUGUGCCCCACGGAGUUGAGUCCAAUGUGGCUUCUCUUGUGGACGGGUCUAUGCUUGAUCAGUCCGUUCUCACUACCGGAUCUGGUUACGAUUAUAGGGACUCGCAGGCCUCGUACGCCAACGAGUCCAAUCUUUCGUAUGGCCCGGACUCCCGCGUGUCCUAUGGCAAAGACUCAAACGUUUCGUAUGACGACCAGUCCAAGAUGCAGCCUCGAUCCCGAGAUAUCAGCCCCGAAAAGCGCUCUGUUGCCGACCAGCGUGAGUUCUUUGAGCAGCGUGAGCGCGAGAGCAGCCGAACGCCCACCUCAAGCCGCCAGAGCCACCGUUCGAGGGAGUUUGCUGGAGAAUACGAACUCGAUGAGUACGGUAGGAAGGUUGCUCCCGCUAGGUACAGAAACUCUCCCUCUACUUCAACGAGACAUUCCCCGACUGCUUCGGAAAAGGCCAUUGCCGCAGGGGCCGUAGGCGCUGCCGCAGCUGCCCUCAAGGCCGCCAAGGACAGGACGAAGCAGCCAACAGUGGAGGAGGUCGAUGAGGAACACGAGGAAUGGGCCCCUGAAGGUGUCUCGAGAAACAAAUCGUUCAAGCAGCGAACAAUGGAGGGUCGCGAGCCCGCAAACACCCCGGCCCACAGCAUCGACCGCCUUGACUAUGAGGAGCAUCCCAAGAUGGGUGCCAGUGCCAUGCCCACCUUUGAUAACCCGAUGCCCGAGGUUGGAUACGUGGACGAUGAUGUCUUGACAAACCCUUCUCUGGUUCGCGAGCCGCUCGGCGGCAGCGACCACGACGAUCGCGGUCAUUGGCCGGGCGAUAUUACUCCUCGCCAAGGUACCCCUCGCCAGAGCGACUAUGGCAAUCACCAAGAACACGACACAGAGAGGCACAACGGCCACGGUUACGGUAUGCUCGCCGCUGGCGCCGCUGCCGGUGCCGCAGCUGAUGCAGCCAUGUCACAUAGCCGACAAGCAAGCGGAGACCAUGAAGAUGAGUGGCGUCGCACGUCGGCUGAGCGAAAGCGGGACACCGUCAUCACAAACCCUUAUGACGGUGCGAGCCCGGUCGCUCACCCAGAUCUUCUCGACGGCAGAGGAUUCGAGGACUAUGGUACUCCGUAUCACAUGGGUAGUCCUGCUGGGCACAAGAACUUCGACGAGGGUUACAUCUCUCAGGGCCCUAUACACUCGCCCAACAUGCAGCCCGCUGGCAAGGCUCUCAUGCCUUUCCACGACCCAACUGCCGAGGAUCCCUUUUACGUCACUCAGCACACUCGACACUUGAGUGGUUUGUCUCAGGGCAUGGAGUCUCCUCUUUACGACGCAGCCACUGGCAACGGUAUUGACAGAAUCGAGUCCAAGGAUAUCAUUGCUCUGAUGCAGCAUCUUAUGGUCCGUGACGCUCAGCGAAGUGCCCGCGACACGGAGAUCCUCGUCACGCUCGUCCGUUCUGCGGCUGAGAUGCGUAACUCUUUCGAUGAUCUCAAAAAGCUUCUUGCCAAUACCGAAGACGUCAUCAUUAAGGAGGUACAGGAAAACACCGACGAAACGGUCAAGAACGCGGUCAGCAACUCUCGCGCUUACCCCGUCAGCCUUCCCCGUUCUGUCAAGGGGUACAGCGGCGCCUCGCAGAAUAGCACUCUAGAUGAGACUGCUAAGAAGAGCAACUUCUUCCGCAAGGCGCUCAAGGGUCUCAGCACCAAGGGCACCAACGACCUCAGUCGGAUCGAGGACAUGCUCAUGCAGCUGCUUGGUGAAGUCGACACACUCAAGGCGCAGACCAUGCGACCCGGCAUGGUCAGCGGGCGACCCUCUUACGAGAACCUCACUCCGGAAAUGCAGUACGAUCAAGACCGGGGUUACGAGCCCGAGGGACAAGCUGGCACCUCCACCACGAGCCACGGUAGCCAUUCCGGCAUGUCGUCCUUCGCCCAAUCUCGCGGACCCUCCAAGCUGGCGUACGAGCCCAACCGCAUCAGCACAGUUCACGAGGAUAACGAAGAGGACUUCAACUCUCAAGGCCACUAUCACAAUCCGCAGGGCCUUCUCACACCUAGCCGUGAAUUCCAGCGUGGCGGAUCGGUUCCUCUCGGCACUCCUCCCCAGCCUCAGGCCGCUCAGAAUGCCUCGUUGAGCAACGACAACACCCCCAAAACGGACAAGGGCAAGAAACACAAGAGAGGCUCCUCGAGCUGGUUCCCCAAGAUUUCUCGCUGGUCUGAAUCAACGGCCACGAGCGUAAGCAAGGCCUUCCGUGGCAGCGGCUCCAGCAAGAAGGAACACGAUGAAGAGUUCCUGCAACAUCCCCCGUCCCGGUCCGGAUCGGACCUUCGCUACGACGACCGCUAUCAGAACGACUACGGCAGUGACCAGUUGCACUCUGGCUUCUCCCAGCAGGACCUCGCUGUCCCUAACCCGCCUCAUCUGGAGAACGUGCCUCCCGCUCCCUACAUGACUCCGGAGGACCCCAAGUACAAGGCACACCGCAACUCAGUCAACCUUCAACACCCUCAACCUCGUCAAGGACAGACUGAGCGAUUCAAGGCGGCGCUUGAGAGCCAAGCGUACGAGUACGACACGCCUAUGUCCCCCAGGUCUGCAGACUGGGCCGGUUCAGCUACCAGCCUCCAUCGCUUCCCCCCGAACGGCAACAGCUAUAGCAACGGGUCUGGCGCGACAGGGGGUGACUACCCCAGCUCGCCGUCCGCCGGCCCCCCGCGACCUCCCAAAGAACCGAUAGAAGAAAGGACACACACACCUGCCAAGAAGCGCAUCUCCAACUUGGCUUUGAAGUCAAGCCCUCUGCCGUACAAUAGCGUAGAGAGUGGUUACGGCACCGGCCCCGGCACCCAUGCGACUAGCAAUUACACCGGCAGUCCUAAGCCGGAGAACCGUAACCUCACCGGAGCCCGUGGCAUGCCGGCCCGUCGGCCUAGUGGGCCCCGGGCGAUGACCCCAAAGAGUGCGGAAGAAGAGGCCGCCAGGGAAGAGCGACGCCGCAAGAGAGACACCUUCGGCACAGUCGCCAGUAACGAGACCGACACCUUUUAG